AUGUACUUUAUUCCUGCUGAUGUGGGCGAAGAUAACGACGAUGACGCCGACGACGAUCGUUUCGGAGACUCGCGCGACGUCGAGCGCCUGGAACCCGUGGUGGAAUCUGUGACCGGGCCGAGCGACCACAAGGCUGGCGAUAGUUGCGAGGACGAGCAGCUCCUCGAGACUCCGAGGCCGGACGCUUUUGGCAUAUAUGUCCCGAGGGCGGAGGAGGUACCGAGCGGACCGUCGGCGAGCGCCGCGUCGAGAGUGGAUGAGCCGACGGCGACGGCGGCGGAGGCGGUGACGCCAGCGAACCCCAUGUCGGGAGCCACUGAGCCCCCGCCGCCGCUGGCGGAGGCGGCCUCGCCGCCGCUGGGCUUGCCCCCGCUGAGCACCCGGCCCGGCAGCAGGCAGCACGUGAUCCCUCCGCUGAGCGAGGUUAGGCGGCUGGUGUUCUCCUCGGGCAGGACGGCGUCGCCGCCGUCUCCCUUCUCGUCGUCGUUCGACUCCUCGUCCAACGAGGGCGGCAGCGGUGGGCAAGAGCAGCAGCAGCAGCAGCGUCGCCGCCGCCACCGCCACCGCGGAGGACGGGGAUGGAGCUCGCGACCGCCGCAGCCGCCGCCGCCCUCCGCCCCGAACACGGCUGGCGACCGGCCGAGUCAGCGACGACAGGAGGGGCCCAAGACGACGGGCACCGCCGCCGGCGACGGCGACGGCGAAAGCGGCAGCAGUGUCGGGAUGGGGCGCCCGCCGACGCCGAGCUCCGCCGGCUCUGCUUCCCGCCGCGAGACGACGACCCCCGCGCAGGCGCAGGCGCAGGCACAGGCGCAGGCACCGGCGAGCAGCACGAGCUCGAGGUCCAGGCGCCGGCCUGUACGCCCCCCUACGCCGGGCUCUUCUUCUCAGAAGCGAGGCCAGUUUUUCGCCCCACGGUCAGGCGUCGCGCCGCCGCCGCCCGCGCAGCAGCAGCUUCAGCAGCAGCAGGAACAGGUGGUUCUCCUGUCCUCGUCUUCUUCGGCUCAGGGCAGAGGCAUCGGCGGAGUAGUUGUGUUGGGUGGAGGUGGGAUUUCGGUUACGGGGUGUCACCGCCGUGGCUCAAGCGAGGGGUCCCGAGAAGGAAAAGGCUUGCCGGUGGCGGCGGCAGCUGCCCGCGGCGGGUUGAUUCAGACGUCGGCGGCGUCUCCAGCAGAGGGCGGGGGCGGCUCGGCGGAGGAAACGAGUGAUGGUGGGGGAGUACGGGCAGAGGGUGGGGAUACGGCGGGGGCGGCAGAAGAGAGCUCGACGGGGCGUGUGUCUGGGUCCGAACACACGUCGCAGGGUGAGGAGAGAAUAGGCUGGCGUUGUACGUAUGGCUCUACCCGCACCGUGGUUGAGAAGUUCUUAUUGGCGGUGUUGGAUCACUUGGCUUUGAUUCCAGCAGAGUUAAACCUUCCUUUAACUCCUCUUGUCUCUCGCCUGGCAGGUUCAACGUCAUCUCAGACCCGGCUUCACCGCAGCGCACGCCCCGAAAGCGAAGUGGUAGGCGAGCCACCAGACUGGCCCCAGGGGUCGCUAGUGCCAGCGGAACGGGGUGGCCCUUUUGACGAUAGAGUCGGGGACGAAGGCGAGGGAGAGGGUAAUAGGAGCUCGAUCAGGGCACGGCAGGGGGUUAGAGAGGAGACGGAGAGAGCUAAAGUCGCAGGAGAACAGCGGUCGCCGCGGCCCGAGCAGCUCUCGCGGAACGGGGAGAGAGCGAGCAACGGAGGAAUCGGUGCGGGUAGGCGGGGGGCAGUGUCCAUGUCUAGGAGCAUCAAGGAGCGGUUUCCGCGGCCCAGGCAGAUCUUGGAAGCCCUUCAAGAAGAGCUAGAACUUCAAAACCCCGGCCUGACCGCCCAGUCAAAGCCGAUCAUCCUGGCGGAGGUCUUGCCGGCCGUGGCGGUAACCUCCCUUGCGCUGUGUACGCUUGCCGUGUACGCCGUGGGAAUCGCUCUCGUCCUCACCGGCAUGCUGCGUGGGAGUUCCACUUUGAGCGUCCCCUGGGCCUACGAAGACGGCAGUAGCAUCAGCAUCAGCAGCGGGAGCGCUUACGGCGCCGGCAACGUCUGCGGCAGCGACGCGACUUCUGCCGCAGCCGCCGGUCCGGACCCCUCCGGCGCCGCGUCCGCGUCCGGCUGCACGGACCUCUCGCCGUCCGCGGAGUCCCUCCUCUCCUACAGCUCGUCGUCGUCGUCUUCGUCCCUGGCGGCGGCCACCGAGCAGCAGCGGGCGCGCUACGGUGCCGUGUUCUCGGGGGACUUCGCCGGCCUGACCGGCCUGUACGGGAGCGUCUCCCUCCGGGCGGCCUUCACCGACGAGGCGACGCUAGGGUUGGUGGACGCGCUCCCGGAGCCGGUCGUGGUGGACGUCACGGUGGAGGCGUGCACGGCGGGGGCGGCGGGGGCGUGGGGCGAGUGCGAAGGGGGCUGGCAGCCGGUUUUGUUCCAGGAGGACGUGGCUGUUUCCUCGGGGGUGGGCCUGCCGUCAUCCGACAGGGGUUACGAGAUCUUCAACUUUCGCCAGAAUCAGGAGACUGUCCGGGGAGAGGCGAUCAUCCAUCAGUAUCGCGUGCUGGUGGGCUUCGUGUCCACCACCUCUAGCACCAGCACCAGCAGCGAGGUCGACUUCUCGGGGCUGACCACGGCGCGGUGGACGCUGACGUACGAGACGAGGGGCGCCGGGCGAGGGUCGGGGGUGGCCGUGGCGUGCGCGCUGGGCCUGUGGGUGGCGGGGUGCCUGUGGUGGUGCCACGCCGUGUUUCGCCGCCAAGGAGGUUUUGAGGACGGCGGACCACAGUUCGAACACAAAUGCCUGGCUUUCGUGGGGCUGUCGGUGGCCCUCUACCUGGUCGGUAACCUUCGCGGGGCCCCCGGCUCGGCGUCGUGGGGCCUGGCGAGCGAGAUGCUGCGCAGCCUGGCCGCGGCGGUGUUUCUGGUGGCGGCGCUCUGCAUGGCAGACGGCAUCUCGCGGCGCGGCGUAGACGACAGGUUCACCAUCGCGAUCGCCCGAUUUUACGCCCCCAAGGUGGCACUUGGCGUGGCCGCACUGAUGUUCAUGCUGCUGGUCGACCUGGCGUUGUUCCCCAGUCUGGCGGGGUGGGAUCACGGGUCGCUGGUUGCAAUGAACAACUGGCCGCAUGCGCAACAGGUCGCCUUUGCCCUGGUGGCCGUCGCGGAGAUGGCCUUGAUGGCGAUGUGGGGGGUGUGGACGAUGUGGAGGAUCACCAGCGCGGGGCGCCUGCUACGACAGCUCCCGUACGUCCCGACGCGGUUCCAGCAGCUUUCGUACACCUUCUUCGGCUUGCAGGUAACGGAAAUGGAAAGGAGAUCUGGCUUAGUUGGACGGAAAAGGAGCCCUUGCUAUAGAGCGUGA